ACCGUCGGAUUGAAAAAAAAGAAUGUAGCCCUUGGAUCUAAAUGGUAUAAAUUAUACCUCCGUGUGCUCAGCUAUUGCUUACCGAAAUUGGUGUUCCUUCUAGCCGAUCCGUUCUCUUCACCUCGACUUUUCUGCAUCUCCUUGACCCCCGACCCAGCAGUCCAGCUUGAAAAUGGCAGCAAAAUAUAUUAUUGGUUCUGUUGCGGCAUCAUUUGCUGUUGCUUAUGUAGCUGAUAAACUUGUUGCUGAUGAGAAGAUUUUUGGAGGGACUACACCCAACACUGUUUCCAACAAGGAAUGGUGGGAAGAAACUGACAAGAAAUUUCAGGCAUGGCCUCGCACUGCCGGUCCACCUGUGGUGAUGAAUCCCAUCAGCCGCCAGAAUUUCAUUGUUAAGUCGGGUUCUGAAUGACGUAAUAUUUGCUUGUAUUUUAGUCAAAGUUUCAGUUUGAUUUUACAUUCGCUGUGAAGAAAUUGUUGAAUUAGACUUGGGUUAAUCCGGCUUUGCAUUUAAGAGUAGUUCUUGGUUCCUAAAUAUGUCUGUACUCUUUUAAAAGGUCAAAAUUCGGUCAGAUCGACCAGAUGUUGUCAAUCGUACAAGAUCUUAAUAAGCAUCUGCAAAGCAGUACCAAACUUUUGUUUUGGCA